AUGCGUUCUACUCAAAUCACCAGAGCGGCUGCAGUUGCAGUAUUUGCCAAUGUGCUUCAAGUCUCGUCCCGACCGGCCAUGUCACCCGUGCCGGAAUUGCCCUUGGGCCCCGCAGGCGCACCAGCGCCUAGCACUCCAGCAAAAGAAAUGAUUGACAGCACACCCCAGUUUACCGGCAUCAAUAGGGCCGCCACUGUUACGCCUACUCCUGCAACUCCAUCCGUGGCUGAAGCUACUACUCCGCCUGCUUCCAGCAGCCCACCCACCUCGUCCUCGGCCGCUGCUCCCAAAACGAGUCCUGCCGCUUCCCCCGCAGCCUCCGCCGCCGCGACAUCUCCCCCCGCCGAGGCCUCACCUGCUGCUGCCCCGAUGACCGGAUCUCCAGGAAGUGCGCCUACCGGUGCAGCCCCUCCCCCUGUAUCGGCUGUUCCUGUCACUGCAACCGCGCCUACCAGUGCCACCUCUCCUAGCAGUGCAACCGCGCCUGUCAGUGCAACAACUGCCACCGCAGCCGGCAUGCUUCCUCCAGUCACUUCAGCACCAGUUGCUGCCGCUGCUCCAGCUGCUGCCGCGCCGGUGGAAUCGGUCGAUACUGCUUCCCGAGCAGUCACUACCAAGAAUACGCCAUCAAUCCCAGCCCCGGUCGAAACCUUCUCGGCGUCCAACUCGACCAGCUCGGCUAACCCGGCCGUCAGAAACGCCGUUGCGUCCUCUUCUAACUCAACCGACGCCUCAUCAGGUGCCAAUUCCCUGGGAAACAUCCGUGCUGCCAGCCCCUACGUCUUGGCAUUCCUCUGUCUAUUGAUCUCUUAA